AUGUCCGCCGUAUCUGAUCACGAGGAGCCAUGGAAGCUCACAGCCGCCGAAGUACUGCCUCUUCUACGUAGCGGAGAGCUAAAGGUCCUUGAUCUCGCAAAGUCACUCCUCACCAGAAUCCACCAGCGAGACGAAAGCGUCAAGGCAUGGGUAUGGCUUAGUCCUAGCCAGAUCCUACAACAGGCUCAAGUACUGGACGACAUACCUUCAGCUCAGCGUGGCCCAUUACAUGGCCUGCCUGUGGGAGUAAAAGAUAUCAUCUUGACCAAGGACAUGCCUACCCAAUACAACUCGAAACUGUACCAGAGCGAGACGCCGAUCAACGCGGACGCGAACUGCAUAAUCACCUUACGACAGGCUGGAGCUUUGAUCUUUGGCAAGACCACAACUACCGAGUUUGCCUCAAGCAAGCAAGGCAACUGGCAUCAGAACCACACGGCGAACCCCCAUGAUCUCGAGCGAACACCGGGCGGCUCGUCUUCGGGAUCGGGAGCAGCGGUGGGUGAUUUUCAGAUUCCGGUGGCUUUGGGGACACAGACGGGAGGGUCUAUCAUACGACCUGCUUCGUUUAAUGGGUGUUAUGGCUUCAAACCGACUUGGGGUUCAAUCUCUAGAGAAGGCAUAGCCCAGUGGAGCUGGACCUUGGAUACCUGCGGCUUCCUCUGCCGGUCAGUCGAGGACGUGGAACGAAUUCUUGACGUCUUCCAAGUCAUGGACGAUGAACCCAUACCAAAAGAGCCCUUCAGUCUCAAAGGCGCAGUAAUCGGCUUCGCUAAGACGCACAACUGGCCUGCUGCCGGCCCGGGCACCGAGAAAGCUAUGGAAAAGGCAGUCGAGCUUCUGAAGAAGCAAGGGGCCAGAGCGGAAGCUGUUGAUCUGCCGGAAGACAUGGGCUUCGACAAUGCAUUGAAAUGGCACAACACCGUGCUGAACGCAGAAGGCAAGACGUCGUUCCUUGGUCAGUAUAGGACGGAUACGAAGCUGCUUCACGACGAUAUCGUUGGCUAUGUGGAGAACAGGAAGAACGUAUCUCGGAAGGACCAGCUUGAAGCAUACGAUAGCUGUGCGAGGCUGAGGGUCACUUGGGACGAGAUCGCGAGCAAGUGUGAUCUUGUCAUCACGCCUAGUAUACCGGAUGAAGCUCCCAAAGGAUUGGAAAAUACUGGCAAUAUGACAUUCUGUUCGAUGUGGACAAUGCUACACGCACCAGCACUCAAUAUACCGGGCUUUGCUGGCGAGAACGGCUUGCCCAUCGGGUUGACAGCUGUUGCACCCAGGUUCCGAGACAGACACCUGUUGCACGUUGCCAGAACGAUCGGUCCCCUGUUCGAGAAGGAAGGCGGGUGGCAACGGAAGAACGUUGAAAGCAUUCCCAUCAGACAGCCUGUCCGGAGAAGCUCGACGGGGUUGAGGAGUACCUAG